UGGUUCUGCAGUGGAAGAGAGGCACGCACGCCCAGGGAUAGAGGGGGCGCGCUAGCAGGAAGCUGAAGCAGGGACUCCCCAUCCUUUGUUUGUUGCCAGGAUGUCAUCGGCGGCUUCCAAUCCAUCAGCUCAACCAGGAGUGGACAAGCAACCACUUAAGCGGAAUAGCGAUGACAUAGGGUGGGAGUAUGGAACUAUUGUCAAUCCAAAUGAUUGGAAUGUCAUAAAAUGCAAGUUAUGUCCUAUGGUUGUCAAGGAUGGGAUUUAUAGGCUUAAGCUGCAUAUUGCUGGUAGAAAAGGGCAAGUCCGAGCAUGCCCCAAUGCAACUCAAGAGGAUAGAGACAAGUGCAGUAAAGCUCUUGAUGAUUCUAGGAAAGCUAAAAUAGCUAGGCUAACAGAAAAACAAGAGGUUAUUGAUGCAGUUGCAGAUGAGAUGGAUGUUAAUGAUGACACGGGCCUUGAUGACAUUGGCAGCUCUCAACCAAGGACAAUGGGUCCUAUGGACAAGUUCACAAUGUCUCUUGACUCCAAUUCUUUGGGUUCCACACAAAAAAACCUUCACCAACAAAAGAUUUCUGAACAUGUAAUGAAAGAAAGGUUGCAUAUAUUGAAGAGAUAUGUUGCUAGGUGGAUGUAUGUGCAAGGAAUACCUUUCAAUGCCAUAAACUGUGAUGAGUUUGACCAAGUGUUGGAAGCUGCUGGCCGCUUCGGUCCAGGUGCAAAGAAACCUUAUCAACAUGAGCUGCGGGAGAAACUGUUGCAUGAGGAAGUGGAGGAUACAAAGAAGAUGAUUAAAGAUCAUGCACAAGAAUGGAAAAAAACCGGUUGCUCUCUUAUGACUGAUGCUUGGACAGACCAAAAGAGGAGGAGCAUAAUGAACAUAUGUAUCAAUUCUGCCAUCGGUACAUAUUUUGUUGAGUCAAAAGAGGUUUCAGCUGAGUCAAUCUUUGACAAUGAGGAUGUGGUAGAUGGGUUUUAUGCAGCUAUUGAAACAUUCUACCAUGGUGAUUUUCAGAAGCAAAAUGAAGUGAUCAAUAAUGACUUUCACAAGUUUAAGGACAAACUUGGACAUUUUGGGAAAAAAGUAGCUUUGUUUGGCUGCAAGGAUCCUGAAUUCAAUCCAGCUAAGUGGUGGGCAAAUUAUGGAACACAAGUUCCAUUACUUCAAAAGUUUGUUGUUAGAAUUCUCUCUUUGACAUCAAGUGCUUCAGGUUGUGAAAGGAAUUGGAGCUGUUUUGAAGGGAUCCAUACAAAGAAAAGGAAUAGACUCACAUGUGACAGAGUUGACAAGCUUGUGUAUGUUAGAUUCAACCAUAUUCAUGCAAAGAGAAGAAUUAGAGCCCAAAAGAAUAAAAAGGCAGAUCCUCUUGUAGCAACCGAUGUAACUUUUGCUCAAGGAUGGAUGGUUGAUGGUGCUGAGAAGGAUGAAGAAGGGUCUGAUGUUGAGCCGGUGACCGGUCUCACAUGGAAAUUGAUUGCUGAGACAUGUGGUGCUGAAGAGGUCACAAAACUACGUAGGAGUGCAAGAUUGACUGUUGAAAGAGAGGUUGAAGACACACCGCUGUCUGAAACUGAAAGUGAAGAAGAAGCACCACAAGAGGAAGAUGUUGACUUUGAGUCGGAUCAAGAUGAUGUGAUCACAGCUGGAUAUGAGCUAGAUGCGGAGGAAGACAAUGAUGGCUGAUGGGAGGCUUUAGCUGCCAUCAUCUAUCUUAUAUUAGCACUAUCUAAUUAUCUUAUCUAUUUGUCUAUGUUGAAAAUGAACUUAUGGACUAUUGCUUUUAUGCUUUGUUUGGCAUUUGUGAGAACUAUUUCUAUUUGUGCUUUGUGAAAGUGUUUGUUCUCUAUUGUGUCUAUCAACCUACCAUUUGUGCUGAAAGUUGUUCUUGUUCAGUGUAUCAACUAUCAAAUGGACCCUUAUACAUAUCACAUGGGCACAUACUAACAAAUCUCGCUUCUUUUUCAGGUACAUAUCUCAAAUUGGGACAAGGACAACAAAAGCUUCAUGUUUGCUUCAAAAAAGGUUAGGAAAAAAUCUUUUUUAUCCUGCUGAAACUAUGCUACAGUAACAUACCGUUUAGGCCGUUUAAUUCCAUCUAAACACGUCUAAACCUUAGACAGCUCCUCACCGUCCGUCUACCGUUUUCCGUCUAAGAAAACAGGGCCACGAACCACUCACGAGGAGGAAACUCUCUGGGUCGCCCGACGGGUAUGUGUGCCCACAUCCACAGCUGUAGUAGGUAGACAUAUCCACCUAAGCUAGCGGUCCUCGACGAACGACGACAAGCCUCGCAAGGCUGAGGAGGUCGGUAGAAAACGAAGCAGCCAUGACCAGCAAGCAGUUGGUGUCUUUGGGUAACAGACCGA